GUCUGAGCUGCGGAGAAGGAGUGCAGUAACUACGGCCAGGUACGCCAGUGUCCUGCGGCCCUUUUUUGAGUGUUGGAUCCAAAAAACAGCUCAUAUAUUUUUCUUUUAAGCAACCACUGCAGCCAUGGCGGCUGAAGCGGAGAAAGUGGAGCCUGCGGACAGCGAGCAGGAGGAGGAAGUGGAGGAUGUGUACGAAGUGGAGCGGAUCAUUGACAUGAGGAUGGAAGAGGGUGAAGUGCUCUACAGGGUCCGAUGGAAGAAUUACUGCUCGGACGAUGACACUUGGGAGCCAGAAGCCCAUUUAGAGGACUGUCGCGAAGUCCUCUUAGCUUUUAAGAAGUCCAUGGCUGAGAUAAAGGCUAAGAAAGAGGCAGAAGCCAAGAAGACUGUGGUGAGUAAAAUUCUGCCCACAAAGAGUGACGUGUUCGACGCCGACUCUGAGAGUGAGAGCGACAAAGAUCGUCCGGCCGACUUACCCGUAAAGAAGAAGAAAAAGAAAAAGAUCCGGGAGGAAGAUGAGGAACAACCUUCAAAGGAUAAAAAGAAGAAGAAGAAAGACAAGCGGAAGGAUGAUGUCAGGCCUCUACCGGCACCAGAGACGGAUGAUGACGAAGAAGAAGAAGAAGAAGAAGAAACAGAGAGAGUCCCGACUCCGCCCUCUCCUCCCAAGGAGAAAAAGACUGAUACAAAAAAGCGUGUUGUUGACUCUGAUGAUGAGGACGACGAGCCUGUUCCCUCCAAAAAACACAAGAAGGAAAAGGGAAAAGAGGGAGGAAAGCAUAGGAAGGAAAAGGGAGAGGAGGGGAAGAAAAAGAAAGGGAAGAAGGAGAGGAAGGUUGAAACCUCUGAUGACGAAGCCGCUGCCCCUCUGGAAGAUGACCUGAGCGACAGCCCGUCACAGUCUCAAAUGGACGACGCUGCAUCAACGGACACUGUGGCGAAGUCAGCUGAAAAACCACGUUUGGAAGACAAGUUCAAACAAAAGAAGGGGAAGUGGGAAGUAAAGUUGCAGGGCAUUAAGGACCUCAUCCACGACAAAAAGAAUAAAAAGCCAGAGGCCCCUCAGAAAGAAAUCAGCCUCCAAAAACUAAAAAAUCUCACCUCUAAAGUCAAGGAGGACGCAGCUCCGCACUCAGACUCCAGCGACAGCUCCACGCUUCAUAAGAAAGCCAAGAGCAAGGGGCAAGAGAGCAAGGGGCAAGAGAGCAAGGGGCAGGAGAGCAAAGGGCAGGAGAGCAAAGGGCAGGAAAGCACGUCGGCGCCGCCCAAAGUUCCGUCUUCCUCCACAUCCUCGUCAUCCUCAUCGUCCUCUGUCACAGCACCAAGCAGCGCUAAGGUCAGGGAGGAGGAGGUUGUGGCUAAAGAGGAGGCGCUGGGACCGAAGGACACCUCAGGCUCCACUAACCUGUUCGAGAAGUUCCUGUUAAACUGUGAAGCUAAGGACCGCGCCCCCCGCAGGCCACCAGCAGUGCAUCAGGCCCCCCCAGAGAAGGUCACCCCCAAACCUGCAAAGGUAAUAGGAAAGAUUGAGAAGACUGACAAGAUCUCAAAGACAACCAAAGACUCUCCAGCUCAGAAACAAGAGCCUGAGAAGACGGAAAAGACCAAACAAACAGACGUCUCCAAACCUGGCCAGAGUUACGGUUUCAGCCUGGACAGCGAGGAGAGGGAAGCAGAGGAGUCGGCAGCAAAGCAGAAGCCUGGAGAGGAGUCCCGGGAGCGGAAGGAGAGGUCGGAGGAGGCGCAGAGGCCCAGCUGGGAAAGGAAGACCCCGACAGAGGACAGGAGGAAGAGGAGAGAGGACAGUGAGCCCCGACUCUUCAUGGCAUGUGAUGACAAUCAGGACCCACCGGAGGGCGUUGACAAAUCUGACAAGGGCCAAGCCACCUUGAGUUUAGGAAUGGACCUCAACCUGGACUGGAUGACUCUGGACGACUUCCAGAAACAUUUGAACGGGGAGGAUGAGAUCCUGUCAGGUCCGCCGUUAUCACCCAGUGAGCUGCGGGAUGCUGUGAAGAGUGGAGAUUACAUGGCUGUAAAACUGGCGCUCAACUCCAAAGAGGACUACAAUCUGGAUCAAGAGGCUUGUACAAUUGGUGAGACGAGGUCAUUUGAAGGAGAGAGGAGCUUGAUUGAAGAGAGAAGUUCGAGUGAUGCUUUUAGGUUGACUUCUAACCUUGACUGUGCCACAAAUGACGAGGGUACUCCAAGAGUAAAAGAGAAUGUCCCACAAGAUUUGGACGGUCCAAAAGAUGCCGAAAAUAUGCCAAGCUUCCCCGCCAGUAUAAACAAUGAACAAGAGACACUGGGGGAACAUGAAAAGGCCCAAAAAGACGGAAAGGAUAUAUCUGAAUCGGAAAACACUGUUUGUGAUUCAGCUAUCGAGCAGGAAAGUCAAGGAAAACAAGAGCAGGAAGACAAGAUGUCAGAUGAGACGAAUGGUGGUUUAUCAAGUAUAAUGAGUUUGGACUUUGAUAAUUCAAAUCUAACCAGCAAUGCAGAAGGUUUACUGCAAAGAAACGAUGACAAAAUAGAAAAUACAGUAACAAACAUCAGUGACGAACAAAGGUCACCCCAGAAAGCAAAUGAUUCAAGUGAUGAGGCAGGUCAGUCAGAUGAUAAAGAUCAUGGUCUGUCUGAGUUGGGCACAAAGAAGAUUCCUAAAAGGCGAUUACGGCGCUGCAGGAAAACUCUAGAGAGUAAACAACCAAUAAGAUCCAGUUUAAGGACCUGUAAGAAAGUGCUUGAAACAACAUCUGGCAAAGUGGAAGAGGAGAAAAAAGAGGCAUGCAAAAAACACUUCUGUUUAUAUUGCAAAAUGGCUUUUACCCAACUUGCAAAGCACUUGGAAAAAAGGCAUGCAGACGAAACAGAUGUUGCACAUGCGAUACACUUUCCCAAAGGUUCCAAAGUCAGACAGUCUUUGCUUGACCAAAUUCGCAAUAAAGGAGAUUAUGAACACAAUUGUCAAGUCCUCAAAAGUGGCGAGGGGGAAAUUGUGACCAAGAAACAGGUGAAAAACCCCAGCGUAUCUGUUCGUGACUUCCUGCCUUGCCAGCACUGCUUUGCUUUUUAUCGUAAAACUGAUUUAUGGAGACAUGAACGGUCAUGUAAGGCCAGAAAGGGAGAUCUGAAAUCCUCUGAAACAGCAAAAAGAAGCACAGUCCACAGUGCUGCCUCCCGGCUACUUCCAAUGUCAGAGUUCUUAACUGGAGGCUGCGAGGAAAUCAUCCACAUCAUGCAUCAAGAUGAUGUAUCAAGGCAUAUCAGAAAUGACCCACUUAUCUGUAAAUAUGGCAAUGCCUUAUCUGCAAAGUAUGAACAUGACAAGUCCCAGUUUGCUUAUAUUGCACAAAAGAUGAGGGAAUUGGGUAGAUUUGUGGUCGCUGUAAAUGAGCUGGACAAGAGCGUGAAGUACUUGCAUGAAAUAUGUCAACCAUCCAGAUUUGAAUUAGCCGUUGAAGGGGCCAAAAGAGCUAGUGGUUUUGACCCCAGUUCCAGUAAGUUUAAAACUGCUUCCCUUGUCUCAAAGAUUGGUUACUCUUUAAAACGAGCGGCAGAAAUAGCUUUUGGAGAAAGUCGCAUGACAGAAGACAGUGAAACUGAAAGCGAAGUGAAAAAAUUCAUCCAACUUCUUGAUACAAAAUGGAGUGACUGUUUUUCUCGCAAAGCGCUCGCAUUAUCUCUAAAACAAGAAGUCAAAAAAGUGGAAGUAGACAAAUCAACUGUGACAGAAGAUCUGAUAAAGCUCCACAGGUUUAUUACGGGGGAAGAAGAGGAAGCCAGGAAGGAACUGAAAGAAAGCCCUAAUAUGUCAACAUGGAAGAAGCUCAGCGAGGCCACUCUGGCAGAUGUGUGUCUGUUUAACAGAGGAAGGGUAGGAAAUAUUGGCAGAAUGCUCUUGAAAACUUAUACUUGCAAAAAGAGUAGGGGAACCUUUAUUCCAUCUGCAGAUCAAAUAAGGAGAAGCACAAAAUUGGAGCUGGACCUCGGUGCCAGUUUCACCAGAUUGGAACUAGAGGGUCAGUAUGGGAGGAACAUGCUAGUUCUGCUAACCGAAAAGAUGGUUUUGUCAAUUGACUUACUCAUUGAAAAUCGGGAACAAGCGGGAGUGUCAAAAACCAACCCAUACUUGUUUGCACGAACUGAAGGUCCAUCCUUCAUCAGAGGAUUGGAUUGUUUCCGAAGGUCCGCAAUGGAAUGUGGAGUUAAAAACCCAGAAGCACUUCUGUCCUCAUCGUUACGAGAGCAAAUUGCCAGCUGCUGGCAGCUAAUGAGCCUCAGUGAGCCUGAACUGGAUCAAGUGGCCAAGCUGUUGGGAUGCAGCAGCCAGGAGUGUUAUGGGCUUUCGAAGAAUGCAUCACAGCUGGAGGAAGUGAGCAAACAACUUCUCAGGAUGGAUCGAACGCUGCCAUCAAGUCCACCCAGCACUGCAAAAGAUGGAGCUGCACAGAAGCCUUCUUUAAAGAGAAGACCUUGGAGUGAGAGGGAACAGGCUGCAGUGAAGAGUUACUUGAGCGAAUUUAUUGCAGGGAUGAAGGUUCCGGGCAAGAAAGAGUGCAAUGCUUGCAUAGCUGCUGAACCAGAUCUUUGUGGAAGAUCUUGGACGGAUGUCAAAAACUAUGUGCACAAUACACUGCAGACAGUAAGGAGGAGAAGUAACCAGCAUAAAUCUGAAGGGAAUGUAAAUAAGAGUCCAAAGAGUCCGAAAGCUGGAGACCAAAACGCAGAGAAAGCUUUAGAAGACUCUAGCACAGUCUGUAGUUUGACGACAGUGCAUCCAGAUCACCUGACAGAAAGUCCGAAUUGUUGUAUGACAAUGGCUUCAACCAACUACGAGAUGACUUCAACGUACGCGUCCUUGUGUUCCACUAGUGCAAACAUGAUCAUGAAUUCAAGUCCACCGUUGAUUUCUACGUUCACACCGUUGAAUGCUACUGAUACACAAGUGGUUCCUACAUUUACUCCACACAACACAACAAAUGCUCUGAUGCCUCCUCCGUACACAUCAGAGAAUAACUUAAUUAUGCCAUUGUCUCCUACUUAUACACAGAAUGCAACAAGUAUGCCCCCAUCUUCUGUGUAUGCACCACAGGACACUACGGGUUCACCAUUGAUUCCUAGUUUUAGCACCCUUACUCCUCCAAGCACCUCAAUGAUUCCUACAUUCACGCCAUUGAAUACAAGCUCACCAAUGGUCCCUCCAUUCUCGCCACUAAACGACAGAAGUAGGCCUAUCGUUUCUUCGUUCACACCUCUGAAUACACCAGUUUACCCCACAGGCCCGCCACCGCCUAGGGCGCUCACAACUGCACAGGUUGUUCCAACAAUCCAUAGACCCAGCGUUCCUGACAGAACGCCAGUUGCACAAGAAAGUAUGUCCGCCGCAGGAAGACAAGUCGCUUCGGCUGCCAAGGCUCAAAAGAGAAGCAAGCGGUUGUGGAGCGAGGAGGAGCAGGCUGCGGUGAGGCGCCAGCUCGGAGACUUCUGUAAACUGGUCAAAGUGCCAGGCAAAAAAGAUUGUGAUGCAUGUUUAGCUGCUGAGCCUGCCUUGAACAGCAGAACGUGGAGGGAAGUCAAGUACUUUGUGCAUAACUCAAUUCAGUCAAUGAAAAGAAGAGGGCAUGUUGUCGCCUCCAAACAAAGUGGAGUACAGGAACCAGAGACUCAUAAUAAUCCCAACACUGAUUGGGAUGGUCCUGUUUAUCUCUCCCUGUAGAUAUUUGUUAUAGACUUCCACACAAAAAAACAGCAAGAGAUAAGUGAGAUUUUAGAGGUGUGCAAGGGCUGUGGCUCUAACCUCAAAGUAUAUGGGGCUGAAGAAUUCAGCAGAUGUGAAUUGUUGUAAAAUGUACUGUCAGUGAACCUUGGUCUCAGUAGCCAUACUGAUCUCCACAAGAAUUACAGACUGCCCUGCCAUUUUUUUGUCACACUUUUAAAAAAAAAAAAAAAAGGUUCCUCAAGUAUUCAGAAGUCCAAUGGACCAAGCUAUUGGUGUACUGUUGCAUGAAUAUACACUAAAUGGAUGGAACUAAGGAUGUUUGUACUGUAGCUUUGAUUCAGAAAAAAGGCUGAUAUAAAUGUUUUAUAUGGUUAGAUGGCAUAUAAACAUGUGUCACAGUCAAAUAUGUAACAUUGUCAAUUUGUCAGAUCAUCACAGGUUAUUUCUAGAAAAGUGUUAUACUUUAGAUGUGUGAUCAUGUAACUGUGAAUAUCAUUUUGCCUGGAUUUGCAACAUGCCAUCAGUUAUUGGCUGUUGCAAGACGCUUUCACAAUCUCAAAAUAUUCAAGAAAAUGUUGAAAGCAAUGUCUGAAUUGUUUGGGACUCCCCAGCCACCGUGACCAGGGCAUUUCCCACCCUGCACUGAGUUAAAGCAGCCUCAGUGACCGUACAUUUACAGAGGGAUUUUUACUUGUCUUUACUUAACACUUAAUAUUUCUGCCUGUACUGGUUUCAGUAGCAUUUUUAUGGAUUUUAAAAUUCAAAAAAGAAAUGGAAAGAAAAACCUACCAGCAAAUCUUUGCAUCCAGUCCCUCCAACAUGAUGUGUGUGUAGACUUGCUUUACAUGAUUCCCACAUGCCUGGCCCAAGUUUUCUGUAUUCUUGCUUUAGCCAGUAGCCGAUAUUGUAGAUGGCCCCUGAUAGCCUGCAGCAGUAAUGGCAUACCUUCCUUGCUGAUGUUAGAGAAUUAGGUGCUCCAUGUGUAUACCUCUCACUUAAAUAUGAAAAACUUUUUUUUCCCUUUAUCUUCAUUUAUAUAUUUUUUUCUUUUUUUUUCAUGUGUAUUUACAAGCUGCUGAAAGGUUUGGUUGUAUUUUUGUAUCACUAUACAGCAACUGUGUAGAACAUUUGAGUACUUUAUUGUAUUUUGAUAUACUCUAAUUUGACGUAAAUACACUACAUUGGUCUCAUUUGUAUUGCUUUGUUUUAAACUUUUAUUAUCUUGUGACAUUAAUAUCCAGUUGCCAAGAUCAGAUUGCCUUUUCAUGUUAUUUUGCUUGACUACAUUUUAUUUUCCCUAAUCAUGUUGAUCACAUCUAAUGCACAGCAUAGUAAGUGCAGUUUUUGGUUUUAACCUCUGCUACAAAAUGUAGUGAUCAAUGACAUUUUUAAAUGUCAAGCAGUUGAUAUAGAUUGGUGAAAUUAAUUGUGUCCAAUUCGUUUCAUUCACUUUUGGUUUAUUAAAUUCAGAUCGUCCCGAGUUAAUCGCCACCUUGAUCUGAGAAUUGCACAUUUUAUUGUAAGCUAAACUUUUAUUUGUUUCUUUUAUAUACAAACCUUGUUGAAGGUUUGAAACAGGAUAUUGAACACCGGUUCAACCUGCAUUUCACACGUCACAUCUCAGUUUUAAAUGUGGUCACUCCAGUGUUUAUUUUACACUGGAUUUUCAAUAAUGGUAUCUGCUGUUUGUUUGGACACGUGAAAAAAAUCAUGUAGUCCGGAUUCAUUUUCACAAUAUUCUUUGUGAUUUAAAGGAGCUGGAGUUAUGGUUAAGAGAUCCAGAUAGCACCACUGCUGUCAAAUAAUUUGUUUUACACUCAGUAGCAGCUGUAGUGAAGCUGUUUGGAGCCACCAGUGUUGUCCCUUUCAUACCAAAGCCAUUAGUGUCAGACAUGCAUAAACCCAUUCACACCAAUCACAAACAGGUUUCCUGCGUGUUGCUCCCUUUUGAAAGGGGUAUAUCUGUUGUGUUUGAAAAAUUAUCAUGAUAAGGGUCUACAGAUGGUAUAUUAUCGUCAGACACUACCAUUGCUGUUUGGUGUUGCAAAGCAACAUCUCUUCUUCCCUGUAUAGUACAUUUCUUUCUUUUAUUGCUAUUGUAUUAGCACACACUGCGUGUUACUCUUCAUCCUGUUGUAAUUAUGUUGCCUUCGGUUAAUGCUACUUAUCAAGUAUUGUAAGGAACUUAUAACUUCAGCUUGUACAAUAAAAUGCUUCUUGGCUUAAAAUUGGAA